AUGCUCACCCAGCCUUUACUUUACUCUCUGCAGGUUCUUGCCCUCUGUACUUACCCUGAACUCCUAGAAAGUGAUGGGUUCCCAGAAGAUGCCAAGUGUAAAGCCCGGUCAAUCAUGAAGCAGCUGGAUAAUGGCUCAGUGGGCAGCUACAGUGUUGCAUACAUCACACAGCAUGUCCCACAGAGGAUCGCUAGCUUCAUACAGAGAAGGGACGGCGCCAUCCCCAGUGACCCCCGGAACAUUAUUGUUUGUAGCGGAGCCACACAGGGAAUCCUGACCAUAAUAUCCUUAGUCACCAACACAGAAGAACCACUGAGAACCGGCAUCAUGAUCUCCGUGCCCAGAUACUCUGUGUACAUGGAUGCUAUUGUGUUGUCGGGGGCAGUGCCAGUGGACUACCCACUAGAUGAGGAGAAUGAGUGGGCCUUGAAUGUGCAGAGUAUGAGGGAAUCUCUCUAUAUCGCCAGGAAACACUGCAAUCCCAAGGUCCUGUGUGUCAUCAACCCAGGAAAUCCAACUGGGCAGGUGCAGAGCCGGGAGUGCAUUGAGGAAGUUAUCAGAUUGGCUGCUGAGGAAAAGCUGCUCAUCUUUGCCGAUGAGGUUUACCAGGAGAAUAUCUUUGCACCAGGGUCCACUUUUCAUUCCUUUAAAAAGGUUUUGUUUGAGAUGGGACCACAGUUUUCUAAGAAAGUACAGCUUGUGUCUAUCCACUCUGUCUCCAAGGGGUUCCAUGGAGAGUGUGGCUUUCGUGCUGGCUUCCUUGAGUUUGUGAACAUUGAUCCAUCUGUAUUUGAAGUGCUGUAUCUUUUAAAAUCAUUCAGUGUGCCCCCAGUUCCUGGGGUCAUUGCCCUAGAUGUAACUAUUGACCCACCACAACCUGGAGAUACGUCCUAUGACACAUUCAUAGCAGAGAAGCAGAAGGCUCUCAGUAACCUGGGGGAGAAAGCAAGACUCGCCGAGAUGCUCCUAAACCAGGUUCCUGGGAUUCAGUGUAAUCCUAUUCAGGGAGCCUUGCACUUCUUUCCAAGGAUCCACAUUCCAGACAAAGCUGUCAGACUUGCCAAGGCCAAAGGACAGGAGCCAGAUGUGUUCUUCUGCCACAGCUUGUUGGAGGAGACGGGUAUCAUCCUGGUUCCAGGGAGCGACUUUGGACAAGUACAGGGGACCUAUCACAUUAGGAUAACAAUCAUUAAUCCAAUUGAGGAGCUAGAAAACAUUUUGAACAACAUCAUAGGCUUCUAUAGAAAGUUUGUGCAGGAGUAUUCAUGAAGACCGUCAUGUCAGAAGAUCAGAAU